AUGAAGCUGCCAUUCCACAGCGUGCAGAUCUGCGGCGACGUCCUGUUCGCCGCAAGGGGCGGAAACCUGCACUCAUUUAAACUCACAGACGGCUCUCACAUUUCGAGUUGGAGAUAUCCAUUGGAGAAGAAGGGUGCUCUCAGGCCAGAGGACCGGCUGGUAAUCAGUGUUUCGGAGGAGUCAACGCCGAAUCCCUCGCAAGACGGCCAUGAAGGCCCGCCUGCGAAGCGUGUAAAGCUUGACGCCGCCACCUCAGCCGCUGGGGAGAAGGAGAACCAGUCGAAUGCGCCCCCAGCAGGGAACGGCCAGGCAGGAGACAACACUAGGGAGACGCAAGGAGACCAGAACAAGGACACGCCAGAUGGGAAGAGAGGCAAGGUCGCCAACCCUCGUCCAGGGCCAAGAUCCCAGCCGUCGGAGCGGCCCAUGGUCAUCAUCCUGACUGCUACAGCCGACAGGAGACACCUUGUCGCAGUCACGCAGUGCAAGUCUAUUUGGGUGUUCGAGCAUGAUGGCCUCGGUAACCUGAACCUGCUCAGCCGUAGGAUCAUGCCCAAGCGCCCAUGCUCCCUCGUGAUCAUGCCCGACAACCAGACAAUCCUGUCGGCAGACAAGUUUGGCGACGUCUACUCGUUGCCCUUGAUCCCAUCGCCCACCGCCACUGCCCCGGAACAGAAGCAGAAGGAGGGCUCACCCGCAACCGCCUCCCCCAGCCCGGCACCAGCAGAAGACAAACCCUUCAAGUCACAGGCCAACGAGCUAACCGUCCAUACCAAGCGCAACCGCAUGGCCCUCCUAGACCAGCAAAUCACGGCCAAGAGCGCCAAGGCCCGUGCCGGCGCUCAGAAGGCCGAAGUCCCCUUCUUUGAGCGCACCCUCCUGCUGGGCCAUGUCUCCCUCCUGACGGCGGUGGCGCUGGGCCACGACGCGCAGGGCCGGCCCUACAUCGUCACCGCGGACCGCGACGAGCACAUCCGCGUCAGCAGGGGAACGGUGGAGCAGGCGCACGUCACCGAGGCGUUUUGCAUGGGCCACGGCGAGUUCGUCAACCGCCUGUGUAUCCCCGAGGGCGACGCCGCCGCCGGCAUGGGCAACCUUCUGGUCAGCGGCGGCGGGGACCCUGACCUGUUUGUAUGGAGCUGGCUCGAGGGCAGGCUGCUCGCCAGGGCGCCGCUGCUGAGCGCGGUCCGGGAAGUGGUCCCCGGGGCUGGCAAGCUCGCCGUCACGGGGUUGUCGUGUUGGACCGGGAGGCCGGCCGGGGGAGAGGAGCAGGGCGCCGCCAUCCUGGUGAUCUGCGAGCGCGUGCCCGCGAUAUUCUUGUUCACUCUAAGACCGACUGGCACCCUAGACUAUGUGCGCAAUAUCAGCCUUCCGGGGAACCCGCUCGAGAUUGAAGUUGUGGAUGGCGAUAAACUAGUUGUUGCGGUUGAGCCUACGAGGACUCACGGAGGAGAGUACGAUUUAAGCAAGUCUUUGCUGAGGGUGGUACACGAGGAACAGGAUUACAAGGUGACUGAUGGCCUGGUCGGUCAAGUCCCAGACUUUGGCGAGCAUGAAACAGAUCUUGCAGAAGAGGAGUUGCAGACGUUGCUGUUCAAUGCGGAAAACCUGCGGAAGACAGAUUUUGAGGAGGGUAUGGCAGAAGCAGAGUAG